GUCCGCCGGGCCCCGCGGUUCGGGAUGCUGCUGCCUGCUCGCGAGCCGCCUGCCACGCUUGCCCCCGCCGCCGGGGCCGCGCCUCGCUGUUUACAUGCCGGUGGAGCCCGGGCCCCCCGAAGGUGAAAGUAGCCGGCUCACAGGACUGAUUCCUCCGAUCCCGGGCUCCGGACUCAGAUCCUCUCCUGCCCCGCAGCCUCCGCCGCCAUCUGGACUGGAUCCGGCUCUGGUGUUUUUGAGGAGGGGGGUGUGGUGUCGGGAAAGGAAUCCCGAGGAUUUCUGGGAUCCCCCUCCUUUUUUUUCCCCCCUCUUUUUUCUUUUUCUUUUUGCCCUGCGGGCUUAAGACUCAGGGAACUCGCUCAUGGCUUUUUUGAUGAAGAAGAAGAAAUUUAAAUUCCAAACCACCUUCACCCUGGAGGAGCUCACUGCGGUCCCCUUCGUGAACGGGGUCCUCUUUUGCAAAGUCCGGCUGCUGGAUGGCGGGGAUUUUGUCAGUUUGUCGUCUAGGGAGGAGGUGCAGGAGAAUUGUGUACGGUGGCGAAAGAAGUUUACCUUCGUGUGUAAGAUGAGCGCCAACCCGGCCACAGGCCUGCUGGACCCCUGCAUCUUUCGGGUGUCUGUGCGCAAGGAGCUGAAAGGCGGGAAGGCUUAUUCCAAGCUGGGCUUCACGGACUUGAACCUGGCUGAGUUUGCAGGCUCAGGCUCCACCGUGCGCUGCUGCCUAUUGGAGGGAUAUGACACCAAGAACACCCGCCAGGACAACUCCAUCCUCAAGGUCACCAUUGGCAUGUCCCUGCUCUCUGGAGACCCCUGUUUCAAGACGCCACCGUCCACUGCCAAGUCCAUCUCCAUCCCGGGCCAGGACUCCUCCCUGCAGCUGACGUGUAAAGGUGGCGGGACCGGCGGCGGCGGCAGUAGCACUAAUUCCCUGACUGGGUCCCGGCCCCCCAAGGCCCGACCCACCAUCCUGGGUUCAGGACUGCCAGAGGAGCCGGACCAGAGCCUGUCUAGUCCUGAGGAGGUGUUCCACUCUGGCCACUCCCGCAACCCCAGCUAUACCAGCCAGCAGUCCAAGCUGUCAGGCUACAGCACCGAGCACUCUCGCUCCUCCAGCCUGUCCGACUUGACUCACCGAAGAAACACGUCCACCAGCAGCAGCGCCUCUGGGGGCCUCAGCAUGGCUGUGGAGGGUCCUGAGGGCACCGACAGGGAGCACCGGCCCCCUGAGAAGCCACCUCGUCCUCCUGAGAAGCCCCCACGCCCCCCACGGCCCUUGCAUCUGUCAGACCGCUCGUUUCGGCGAAAGAAGGACUCAGUAGAGAGCCACCCCACCUGGGUGGAUGAUACUCGCAUUGAUGCCGAUGACAUUGUGGAGAAGAUCAUGCAGAGCCAGGACUUCACUGAUGGCAGCAAUACUGAGGACAGUAACCUUCGGCUAUUCGUGAGCCGUGAUGGCUCCACCACACUGAGUGGCAUUCAGCUGGCCAACAGAGUCUCCUCUGGAGUCUAUGAGCCAGUCGUGAUUGAAAGCCAUUGAGGGAUGAGGUGGCAGGCUGAGGCCAUCUCUUGUCCCCAGGCCAGCAGCAUUUCCUAGAGGAGCCGGAACCUGCCCUUCGGAUCUGCUCUGAUUUGCGUCUGUGCCUCCUUGUACUCUCGCCACACCAGCCCCCAAAGCAUCAUUCCAUUGUCCUCCCAUCCACCCUGGAACCACUGGUCCUGGGUGCCACUGUGAAUAUUGUCCUCUGAACCACUAGAAAACGGGGCAAGUUGGAGCUAUCCAGAACUGUCCAGACAAGAGAGGACCUGGGCCCAGCAAAGGACACAGCCACUCCUUCAUGUUGGGGUGCUUGUGGCUGCCCCCCCCCCCACGACCCAUUUACUUCAGGAGCAGCAGCUUCAGCCAGUCUAACAGGGCUCUUGCUCCUGUGCCCUUGCCCUUCAGGAGCUGGAGCACCCCCAGAAUCCUGCCACCUUUGGCCCUCUGCUUCGUGCUUCAGCUGUCCUCUAUGUCCUGAGGAGACCUGCUGGCAGCCUUCUCCCAGGAGCCAAGACCUCAGACCCCACCUCCCUCGUCAGAUGCUCUCCUGCUGCCCUGCAGCCUGCACUUUGCACAUGCUUGGCCCCAGCACAGCCACCGGCCUUGGUUUUCCCCAGGACUCCUGGGUGCUGUCUGCUGUGCAGCCAGACAGGGUACAGUAGCCCGGCUGGAGCGUGGCACUGUCCCUGCCCUCUACCUAUCCCCAGCUCAGACCGAGAGCAGAGCCUAGAAAGGUCUGAGCAUCAAGGUGCCAUCUGCCCAGGGCUGGGUCCUGAGCAGCUGGCCUUCCUGCAGGAAAGGAAGGGUGGGGCCCAGCUGUGCUGGGUAAGCAAAGGCCUCUUCCUCUGCUCUCGGUCAGCAGGCCUGGCUGGGUUCCAGGCUGGAGAGGCAGUCAGCCAGGUGCCGAGCUGUGACUGGAUGGACUGGAGCUGGCUUAUUGCCAGACAAGCCUCAGCCCUCCUCUGGGCAAGGGGCAUGCUUUUCCUGGGUAGUCUGGUCCUGUGCCCUGCUCAGGCCUUCCCCUUACUACCCACCCUCUUGAUACCUCCCCAACUCUAGCACUUUCUGUCUGUCCCGUAAUGUGCUUAAAGGAUGGUACUGGCUGCCAGUCCAGCCCUGGAUAACUCCCACCUCUUUUAAGUUUCACCCAUUUUGUAUCAACCCAGCAGGCUGGUGUUUUCCUUUUCCUCCUGAGUUCACAGCCCUGUUUCCUCCUCCCCCAGCAAGGGGGGGUAGGUGCCUCUGUUCCCCACUCCACCUACUCAGCAGGGCUGGGGACGGGGUGGGACACUUGUUCUGUGGGUGCGGGAUAGCUGGACUCCCCAGGUCGGGAGGUCCUUGCCCGGUUUCUGUCUUCCUUAGCUAACAAAAGUUGGGGCUCUGGUUUUAGAACUUGCUGGUGCUGGGACCAGAGCAUUUCUUGGGAUUUUGUUGCCAUUAUUUUAAACACCUAAUGACUCUUGGCGAUGAAUGUUAGAAGGUGCUGCCGAGGCAGGCCAGAACAUGGCUGGAAGAGGUUCUGCUCAGCUCAGUCCUUUCCUGCCCAGCAGGUAUCUGGCACUUUAAGGGACACUGGCAGCUGUUUCUUAGUAAGGUGACCCCUAGAAGAUGGAGAGAGCAGUACUCUUGCUGGUCUGUGACUGCCUAGUCGGAGCAUUAUUUUGGUCCGGUUCAAAAUUCCUGGGCUCCAAACACAAAGCAGUUGGGACUCCUCCAAACCAACCCAAGCUAGGGUCUGAACCAGAUGGUCACUAUGCCACAUCCUCCCAUUCUAGGCAUUGGGCUGAAAACAUGGCCACAACCAAAUGAACACUGACUCGAGCCAGAGACUAAGCCUUUCUCCGGUCUAAGGGUCCUUGUGAGCUCAGUGAUUCCCGCAGGGUGCUCUGAGCACCUGGACUUCAAAUUCUAUAUAUACAGAGAUAGGAUCUAUUAAGAGAUAUUUUUGGAAAGGAAUUGGUCUAUGCAAUGCCAGUUUGGAACCUUGAAAGACAGUUUAAUGUUUCUACUAGGGAGAUAUGAAAAUCUACAAUAUUUUUAGGAUUCUUUUCUGGUUACUCCCACAACUGACCACAUGGCAUGGUCUGGCAGGAUGGAGAAGGCGGGUCUUCCUCUGGGGAGGUGACUGGGAAGAGGGUUUGCUUUUGGUUAAUUCCCCCUUUCUAACCGUGUAGCGCUGCUCUCAUUCCAUGAGCUGUUUGUAUCCCUGUCUCGGCUUACAGUAGAAAAUAAUGUCAUACGGGAAAUCAGCCUAGUGUCAAUGUUUGGUGGGGGGAUUAAACUCGAUGUUUUUGUUAC